AUGCUUUCAACCCAACUUAAUCAUUUGAUAGAUGAAGGAAUGUUGCAAAGGAUGUGUAUUGUCAAACUACCCAGUUAUACCAUCAAUAUGGUAGGAGAACGUCGAGUGGUGGUCUUAUUGACUGUAGAGGUGAUCGAUAUCGCUAAACCUGAACCUACAAAUGAAGAUACUAAACCGACGAUAACGCCUUCUAAACCUAUGGUGUCAAACUCUAAUGCUAAACCAUCGAUCAAUGCUUCUAAUCGUCAGGGCGGACCUUCUGUGAUCCCAAUCAUGGGUCUAAGUCCUUAUUCCAACAAAUGGAGAAUCAAAGCAAGAGUUGUGCAAAAAUCUGAUAUCAAACACUGGCAUAAUGCACGUGGUGAAGGAAAACUUUUCUCCGUUACUUUUUCAGAUGAAUCAGGUCAAAUCAAAGCUACUGGAUUUAAUGAUACGGUUGAUCAAUUAUACGAACGAUUAGUCGUCGGUGACGUUUUUUUCGUUUCACGUGCCAAGGUUUCAUUGGCCAAGAAACAGUUUAAUACUUUACCACAUGAUUAUGAAAUCAUGUUUGAGAAUCAAACUGAAGUUGAUGAAUGUGUGGAUGCAGGCGAUAUUCCUUUAAUUCAGUUGAACAAGUAUAUGCAACUUGGCCAAUUAGGCGAAGUUGAGAAAGACCAUGUCUGUGAUAUUGUAGCAGUGCUUAAAGAUGCUGGUGAAUUAGGACAGAUUGUGACCAAACAAACCCAACGAGAAAUGUCAAAACGUGAUAUUACAUUGGUUGAUCAAUCUGCAUUUUCAAUUCGAAUGACUCUAUGGGGAAAACAAGCGGAAGAUUUCAAUGCACCUGUCGAAUCGAUCUUAGCAUUCCAAGGAGUAAGAGUAGGAGAUUUCCAAGGUCGAAACCUAAGCAUGGUUUCAUCUUCGAUCAUGGCCAUCAACCCCGAAAUUCCCGAAGCCUUUGAUUUACGAGGAUGGUAUGAUACCGAAGGAGCGACUGUUGCGAUCCAAAGUCAUUCAGGAGCAGGAAGUGUAGGAAUGAAUAACCAAGCACCUAUCACCGAAGAUAGUUUGAAAACCAUUGUUCAAGUUAAACAAGAAGAAUUAGGUCAAAGUGAAAAAGGAGAUUAUUUCAAUUUAAGAGCUACUGUGUUGUUUAUCAAGAAUGAAACGUUUUCUUAUCCUGCUUGUCCUACUGAAAGAUGUAAUAAGAAAAUGGUACAAGAUGGCGAUGAUGAAUGGAAAUGUGAGAAAUGUGAUAAAACUUAUCCUGCACCUGAUCAUCGAUACCUGAUCCAAUUAACAGCAAGUGAUUAUUCAGGAGUGAUGUAUUUAUCAGGAUUUAAUGAAGUAGGACAAAUCCUGUUGGGUAAAACGGCCAAUGAAUUAAUUCAAUUACAACAAGAAGAUGAAGAGAAUUUUAAAAGAGCGAUCUUGGAUGCUACUUAUCGUACUUGGGAUUUCGUUUGUAGAGCCAAACGAGAAGUUUAUCAAGAUACGCCUAGAACUAAGUAUUCGAUUAUUAGAUUGGGUGAAGUGAAUUGGAAAGAAGCUGGAUUGGGUUUAGCUGAUCUUAUCACGAAGAAUUAUGGGGCUUAAGAUUUAGGAAACUUGAGAAAAAGAAAAAAAAAUGAAUUUAUAUAUUGAUUUUGAUUUUUGAUUUUGUUUUGGUUUCAUGCUUGGAUUUGGUUUCUUAUUAUAUAUAAUCCUUUCUUUUAUUAUCAUAAAAUCAAAACUUGUACUUUUUGUUUUGUUUUGAAGUUUGAAUUAAGGGGUAUUACAAUUACUAGCACUUUGAGAUCUAUAUAUACACGAAAAUCGAAAUUAAAUAGUUUUCUGUAAAGCUUUUUGGGCAAUC